AUGAUAUAUGUCGGUUUUAAUGUCUCUGGUUUCCUGGAAAAUGAUGCUAAAGAGUGGAACGUUUGUCGAGUUUUGUCUAUGUUCGACCAUGCCACAGCAUCGAGAAUUCUUGCUACUCCACUUUAUCCUAUGGAUGAUAGAAGAAUUUGGCGUGGUGAAAGCAAUGGGGAUUAUUCUGUUAAAAGUUCGUACCAUAUAUGUGUUAAUGAGUUAAUUGACAUUUCUCAUCUACAUGUUAAUGGUAGUUGCAAUUUAAUUUGGGCACUACAAAUCCAACCAAAGGUCAAAAACUUAAUUUGGCGUAUUUGCCGACGUUGUGUUCCAACCCGUGUUCGGUUGCGAGAUAAAGGUGUUGAUUACCUACAAACAUGUGCCCUAUGCAAUAAUGAUGAGGAUGAUAACAUGGUGUUCACAUGUGCUUCCACCAUCCAUCUUCGGAUACUAUCAUACGUAAGGGUGCUCAAGGCUCUGCGGUAUUCAUGCUCAACUUCAAAAAGAUUUCUGGUAGGACAAUCAGCAGACAUGUUUGGUUGA